AUGGCGACGACUCAACAAGUUAUGCGUGCAAAGCUGGCGGCGGCGGCGGACCGUCGGCUCCCCGUGAACAGGCCAGCAUCCGCAGGGGCGCUCUACAAGAACCACGAUGACGGCCAUCCACGCAGGCAGGAGCUGCGGAAGAUGAUCGACAAGGGCAUCCUCGAGUGCAACUCGCUCGCGGUCGCCCUAAGAGCGUUGACGACCAUGAAGACUAUCGCGGAGAACAUCGUAAAGCAUCCGCACGAAGAGAAGUACAAGAAGAUCAAGAGAAGCAACCCGUCAUUCAUGCAGGCUGUCGUAGAGCCAAAGGGGCUCUCGAGUUCUUCGUCGAGGCAACUGGGAUUCCGCGAAAAGGCCAUGGAUUAUCAGACAUACCUCGUCUUUCACCGCCAGCACAUGCCCGACCUCAAGGUCGGCCUGACGCUCCUCGGCGAAGCGAUCGAGCGCGAGAUGCCCAAGAGGGAACGCGAAGAGCGCGCCCUCGAGCUCGCCAAAGCCGAAGAGAUUGCAGCGAAGGAGAAGGCGAUGAAACACAUCAUGGACGACCGCAAGACCGUCCAGAAGCGGACGCUAAUUGAGACUGCCACCCGCACCCGUGCCCGCGGAUCGGUCCCGCCGCCCGCUCCUGUGACACACAGCCCUUCGGUGCAGCCUUUCGUGGGUGAAGGACGCACCCUCGAGGGCCUAUAG